CAGUAAUCGAUACUCGUUGAUAGAAAUAAGUGUGAAAUAAACGUGCGUUAAAAGUUUUUUGCUCGUGUGAUUAUGCCCAGCUUUUGACAGACAUGCAGGAUGACACGCUGUCGCGUACCACCGGGUCCGUGGUACUCCAAGUGGGGGCUCUGGAGCUCCUCGCUCGGUACUCCAUGAACUCCGGUCGGGCGACGAGCAUGCUUUCAUCGCUCCAUGAGUUCCGAAGCCAGGAGGUCGAACAGUCUGGCGGGAAGCAAUGGAACUGGAAGUAUUUGAGGGACCAGUUCUAUCAAAAAGAUUUGGAAGGAUUAUAUAGAAAAUAUGACGAUAAGCUUCGGGAGACCCUCAUUUAUAUUUAUGUAUCUCUGCUUGUGUUUUUCUCAACUAUACACAUCAUUUCUGUUGUAGCAAGCACGUUUGAUGAGCAAAUUCAAUGGAAAUCAACCUACCUAUCCAUGGGGAUGUAUAUCUUGAGAAUAGGAGUACCGGUACUUUCCUUUUGGAAAUGUAUUUACAAUCCAUUGAAGAAAAAAUGGUUCUGUGUGCCCAUAUUGACGACAUUCGUACUCACACUCGAUUUAGUAGUAUCAGACGUGGCAGUCCCAAUAUUUACGUCAUACGAAGGCAUGUCUCUACGACCGGCGUACAGUACAAUGGCACUGCUCUCAGUGUACAUAUUUUUGCCCAUGAGAAAUAAUUUCCUGGCAAUCAUCCUUGGCGUGAUUGUGAGCGCAUGCUAUGUUUUUGUUAUAGCAUUUUUCACAUAUUACGAGGACCCACAAGUGCAGGCGGUGGUAAGGGUGUCAUCAGAUGUGAUUUAUCUUAUUGGAGUGAAUCUUAUGGGAAUUUAUUUCCGUUUGAUGAAUGAAAUCGUCACGCGUCGUUCCUUUUUGGAUAGAAGAGCUUGUGUUGAAAGUACUCUACGUCUGAAAUUUGUUAAGGACCAAGAGGAACGAUUGAUGUUAAGCAUCUUGCCUGAGCAUAUUAUGUCAAAAGUUAGACAAGACAUUAGGAACAUGUUCAUGAACAUUCGCUCGCAAAGCCACAGCCACAAUAUGAGAUCAUUCAGCCAGCUAUACGUAGAAGAACAUGACAAUGUGUCCAUCCUCUAUGCGGAUGUUGUUAAUUACACCAAGAUAUCUACUACAUUAUCGCCUAUGAGAAUGGUAGAGCUACUCAAUGAGUUGUUCGGGAGAUUCGAUGAAGCCUCAGAAGAGCAUGAUGUACUCAGAAUAAAGUUUUUAGGAGAUUGCUACUACUGUGUGAGUGGUAUCCCGCAGCCUACGGAGCAGCAUGCCAAAAACUGCGUCGAUCUUGGCCUCGAAAUGAUUCACAUUAUCAAAGAUGUUAGGGAGAAACGAUCAUUGAACAUUGAUAUGAGAAUCGGAGUACAUUCUGGGAAGAUAUUGUGCGGUUUAAUCGGCAUUCGAAAAUGGCAGUUUGACAUUUGGUCCAAAGAUGUGACCAUUGCUAACAAAAUGGAAUCCACCGGCAAAUCGGGAAAAGUACACGUUACAAAACAAACUUUGGAAUUGCUGUCGGAGUAUGCGAGGGAAUAUAUAAUCGAGCCCUACUUUGAAUCUCAGAAUGAUCCGUUUAUUGUGAAAAAUAAAUUAGAAACGUAUUUAAUUACGAGGCCGCCGAGGCCUAUGACUGAUUACAAGCCAUUCCGUAGAGCGUCAGUGGGUUUGACUAAAAUUAUAAACCCGCGUUCGAGAAAUAGACGAUCGGAAAAUAGACAUUCCAAUAACUAUCGCAGAACCACAGCGUUCAUGGAUGAGAAUUUGGUCGAGUACCAACAAAUGUUGAAAGCGGCUGAUGCACAAAUGGCAAAGGAAAUUGAAGACAUGACUAAUGGCAAGGAACAUUUCAAACAAGAAUCAAGGCUGAAUAGAUUCACUUUAAUGUACAAGAAUAUCAAAUUGGAGAAAUCCUUUCUUCAACUGCCCGAUCCAUUAUUUAAAUAUUACAUAACAUGUUGCCUUGUGAUCUUAAUUCUAAUUAUAGUGGUGAAUACUUUAACAACGAGGUGGGUUGACAAUUUUGGAUGGUACGUUUGGAUGACGUAUGGAAUAUUAUUACUCGUAUUAGUUGCUCUACAGCCAUUGACUUGGUUUCAAUUUCUAUGGACUAAAUAUAAAGGCGUCGAUGAACCGAGACAUCCGAUUCUAAGAUUCGUAUACGAUAUUUCCGUGGCAAUGAUAAAAUCUACCAAAAUAAGGACGUCCAUAUAUUUGAUGAUUAGCUUAGGCCUGGCCGCUACGUCCAUUAUGAAUGUAAUAAGUUGUAACGAGGUCGCAGUCGAACCAUCUGUUGAAACAGUUUUAUCGAACUGCGUUUCGUCGUGGCACGUGACCCAAUGCUGGAGUCUCGCUCUCUUACUGAACUUCCUAUUUAGUCGGGUUUUCUUCAUAUUCAAGUGGAUCGUAGCUUGCGGUAUGACCGUGUUUUACCUUUGGGUUGUAUGGGAGGUGAAGACAUCCUUCUUUGCCGUCGACGUGACUUGGAACAUCGGCCUAGAUGCACGAAUAUCCCAUACACUCUCUGUCAUCUUUAUCACCAUAACAUUGUAUUGGAUCGAUAGAACAACCGAGUAUAGGAACCGUUUGGAUCAUUUGUGGCAAAUACAACUGAGCGAAGAGCAAGAAGAAGCCGAAACGAUGUUGAAAGUAAAUAACAUGCUGUUGGAAAACAUUUUGCCAGCUCAUGUAGUACAAGUUUAUUUGGACCUUAAUAGAUCGAUAGACGAGUUAUAUUACGAGAAAUACGACAAUGUGGCAGUAAUGUUUGCGUCUCUCACAGACUACAAACUGGGCAUAGAAAGUGAUUCGGACUUUACUGACAAACUCAUAUUGAGUAUUCUUGAUGAGGUUAUAUCUGAUUUCGACAGGCUUUUACUCACAGGAGCUUCAGUGUACAAAGUGGAAAAAAUAAAAGUGGCAGGUUGGACAUAUAUGGCGGCGUGUGGAUUAGAUCCCAAUAGAAGGGGAUCGUUUGAUUCUUCAUCUUAUUGUUCUAUAGUAGAUAAGAAACAAAACAGUCCAUACAACAAAGCUAUAGUAGUUACAAUGGUCGAAUUCGCUGCCGCAAUGAUGAUGCAAUUGCAAAAUUUCAAUCGUGGAUCUUUUCAAAGUUUUGAAGGACUCAAUCUUCGAAUUGGUAUAUCGAAUGGUGAAGUAGCCGCGGGAGUAGUUGGUUCCCUCAAGCCAUUGUAUGAUAUUUGGGGUAACGCUGUUAACAUGGCCUCAAGAAUGGAUUCUACAGGCAAGGCUGGAUGUAUUCAGGUUACCGAAAAUACUGCAAUUAUUUUGGACGAAUGUGGCAUCCUAACAACAUAUCGUGGAGAAACAUUUGUCAAAGGUGCUGGUUAUGUUAAAACUUAUUUUGUGCCGCUCGACGAAGAUUUCAACUUAGUGAAAAAAGAAUAUUGUGAAGCCUAUUACAAGCGGCAAAGUGUCCAUCAAAUAUUUAGUGCUAGAAAUACAAUAAUGAGUGAUACUUCUUUAGAAGAUUCUUAUGACGCGUAUUCGCAACAAUCAGAAGAUCUUUCAACAGAUUAUAGCGACCAUGAAGAUAUCAGAAGAAAUAGCGAAGAAAAGGAAGGGAAUAAAGAAAUUCCUAAUUGUAACGGAGCUACAAGACAUCGCUACAAUAGCACGUCUUCAGAUCUUGAAGAACUAGACACUAAAUGCUAGAUUAGUAUGUAUAAUUGUAUUUAAUAUAAUUGAUUAAACUUAUUACUAGAAUGAGUGAUUGUGUGUAGGUAUGUUAAAAUGAGCAUAAUUAUGUAGCAGACAUAUUAAUUAUUAGUACCUAUAAUAAAUUAAACAAAAAAAAAAGACAUUCUGAAUAAACAAUGUAGCGUGACAUGACUGACUGAGUCCUAUUGCAAAAUAAUUAGUUACUCAAAAAUUGCAUUAACGAUAAUUGUAUAAUAUGGUUAUGUACCUAUGUUUGUACGUAAGUGUAAGUUUAUAAAAUAAAAAUACAGAUUUCUUUCA